UACUAUGCAGGCAUACGAUUUGUCUCCACCUUUUUCUGUCAUAUGAAUAACACACAGUGGAAGUGUUGCUUUGUAAGCUAAAUCACAAGGAACUGAAAGAAUUGCGCAGUGCGUUUCAGUCAGAACUCAGACUCGCUUAAACCAGAGACAAAGAUGAACAGCUCCUCUUUCUAUAGUGACAAUGAUACGGUACUGGACAGCAGGUCAUCUGCAGGGAUCAGCAUAGCCUGUGUGAUCCUGGGUGUGUGUUUCCUGGUGGGGACACCUGGGAACCUGCUGGUGAUGUGGACCAUCUUGAAGCAUGUGAAACAGCGCUCACAUACGGUGCUUCUCAUCCUCCACCUGGCAGCCGCAGAUCUUCUGGUGCUGAUCACUCUGCCGCUGUGGAUCUACUCGCUGGCCCAUUCCUGGGUGUUUGGAGAGGCUGCCUGCAAAGCCAUGGCGUACAUCAUCAAUGCCUGCAUGUUCAGCAGCGUCUUCAUCAUCACCAUCAUGAGUGUGGAGCGAUUCCUGGCUGUCAGAUACCCCUUGAAGAUGCUGUAUUGGCAAAAUGGGAUGUCCAUGUCCAUAAUACUAGCAGUGACCUGGACGCUGUCAUUCAUUUUUGGGAUUCCAGUUAUCCUAACCCAGUAUCUAGAUGGUGAUGAUGAUGGAGUGAAACAUUGCUUUUACCGGGACUACGGCUCUAUAUCCUUUGAAGUCUUUUGUUUGUGUUUGGAAACUCUGCUUGGCUUCAUUUUUCCAUUUCUCACACUUGCCAUCUGCUACUGUCAAGUUGUCGCACUGCUCCGAAAGGUGCACUUUAGGGUCAAGAAAUCACUCUUCCUCAUUUGUGGAGUAGUUGUGGCCUUUAUUUUGUGUUGGCUACCCUACCACAUCCUUAAUGUCGUAAGAACUGUGAUGUUUCUAGUAGCACAAUCAGAUGAAGAGUCUCAAAUGCCAGAUAGUGUUGUCUUCAUUUCUGGAGCUUUGGCCUUCAUCAGUAGCUCAAUAAACCCUGUGCUGUAUGUGUUUGCUUCUAAAAACUUCCAUGGAAGUCUGAAGAAGUCUGGGAUAGUGAAGCUGUUUCAGGACUUAACAGCACAAACACAGCAAAUGACAGAAGGCUUACAGGAUUCUGGACUGCAGGAUGGAAAGAUCCUUGAAGGCCCCAGUAGUGGUGAACAGAGGGAUCUCACAGAUCUCUGAGUAACUGUUAGACUUAUUGUAAAUUUGAAUAUUUUGUAAUGGUCAAAUCUGUUUAAAUGCCAUGUUUUUUAUUUUUUGUUUGUUUUGUAUUUUGGGAAAACAUGGUGAAAUGCCAUUAUAUUUCUGUUUGUUCCUGACUGAAAUUGUUUAAAUGUCAGAAUAUUUCGAUGUUUGCUAUAUGUAUCAACAAUAUGUAUCUAUUUUUUUAUGGUCAAAAGUUUUUCAAAUAUCAAACAUUUGUGGUUAAAAUUAUUGAAAUGACAUACCUUUUUGAUGUUUUAAUGAUGAUUCUUCUUUAAAUACAAUAAUAUCUCAAACAUUUGUGGUCAAAGUUGUUUAAAUCCCUUUAUAUCUUGACUUUUUUUAGUCAGAUGUUUAAAUGCCAUUAUUAUGGAAGUCAAUUUCUGCCACUGAAUAAAAAAAAAGUAGGCCUAAUUGCAACUUUUCGCAAUUAUGAAUUUUUUUUAUCUGAAUUGUGUGAUACAAACUUGCAAUUCUGACUUUUUCCAGAAUUCAGAAUUCUGAUUUCAUUUCUCAGGAUUAUAUGAAGUCAGUGUCAAAGAUAUAGGCUAAACUCGCAAUUCUGACUUUUUUUCCCUCAGAAUCGCAUGUUAUAAACUUGCAAUUGCAGGUUAUUAAGAAAUAAAGUUGCAAUUCUGAGAAACAGUCAGAAUUGCAAGUUUGUAUCUCAAAAUUCUGACUUUAUAACACACAGUUGAGAGUUAUUAAGUCAGAACUGAGAGAUGCAAACUUGCAAUUCUUAUAGUAUCUGAUAAGUGAGUUUAUAUCUCACAAUUCUGAGCAAAAAAAAAGUCAGAAAUGAGAGAUAUAAAGUCACAUUUGCGAGAAAAGUCAUCAUCUUUUGCAAAUGCGAGUUUAUAUCUUACAAUUCUGACUAUUUCUUGCAAUUGUGUUUGUAUCCCACAAUUCUGGGAAAAAAAGAACUGUGACUUUAUA